CUAUACACAUCACCGGAAGUGUAAAAUUAUGCGACGAAAAAAAUGCCACGAAAGAAAGAAAAUGAAAUAUGUAUUAAGUUAAAAACAUGAAACCAGUUUUGACCUUUCAAGUUAUUUUGUUGUCCUUAAUUUGUUGUUUUGAUUCAAGCGGAGGAACAACCCAUGGCACAAGUUGUGAUGGAUAUUUCAAAAAAAGCAAAAUACAAAUAAAUGGAGAUAAUUUGGGUUACUGUUGGUGGUUCCUUAACUACGACUUUAACGCAAAACGAGCCAGUGACCAAUGCAGAGGUUUUCGUGCUAGACAAACUGCAGUAACUACCCCAGGAAAAGCAAGAAAACUUUCUAUUUUUAUCAAAGAUAACAUUCAGUUGUAUGCGAGUGGAAAGAAAGGAACAAGGCAUAAAAAUACCUUCAAAAACGGUUGGCCAACUGGUGAGGUCUGGGUCUCUGAUAUAAACAACGGGCGUUGGAAAUCUACCCAAAGAGCAGUGACUGACGACUCGACCAAAGAAUCAGUUAAGAAGCAUGGGCAUCAGUGCGUGGUAUUUAGUCACCGAAAGUCAUCAUGGCGUUAUGCGAGUUGUUCCGAGAAACAUCCGACAAUCUGCGAGGAUACACGUCAAACGUAUCCCGAUGACGUAGGCGCAGAUGACUGGACUACUCCGUCUGUAACACUUCCGCCCACACGCCCCCAUCCAAAGGGAUUGAAACUGACCUGUCCUAAAGGAUAUGACGAAUUUAUGAAGCACUGCUUUUAUAUCGGUAAAAAAAGAGAGUCGCUAGCUGAUGCAGCCAAGACAUGUUACAAGACCGGGGGUAAUCAGGUCUGGAUCUCCGAGUCAGCAAAGUAUGCUCUUGUACAAAGAUAUGUUCAAGCGAACAAAAAGAAAUUUCCUCCCCCUUUUUAUAGUGCCUGGCUGGGACGUCUUGAAGGAAAUGGUUAUAUCAUCAAAUGGAAAGGUCCCGGGACUAACGCCAGAUACAUCAUCAACAAAUAUCAUUUGUCUGGGUUAAAGCAGUUAAAGGAAGGUAUCCUACCGAACUUAUAUAUUACCUCCGGGGGAAGAGUUAGUAGAUGUGGAAACAGUUGUCAACCAACAGCAGCUUUUUGCGAAUCAACUCGUAUAAUAUCCAGAAGUCAUAACCACCGCAUGACUAUGCCACCGUUCCCAACUAAGCCAACGAAAAUGAAAACAAUUUAUAAAAAAACAGAGCCAACGAAAUCAAAGCCUAUCCAUAGAAAAUAUAAAAGUGAAAAACCAAAACCAACGAAAUCAAAGCCGAUUCAUAGAAAAUAUAAAAGUGAAAAACCAGAGCUAACGAAAUCAAAGACUAUUCAUAGAAAAUAUAAAAGUGAAAAACCAGAGCCAACGAAAUCGAAGCCUAUUCAUAGAAAAUAUAAAAGUGAAAAACCAGAGCCAACGAAAUCGAAGCCGAUUCAUAGAAAAUAUAAAAGUGAAAAACCAGAGCUAACGAAAUCAAAGACUAUUCAUAGAAAAUAUAAAAGUGAAAAACCAAAACCAACGAAAUCAAAGACUAUUCAUAGAAAAUAUAAAAGUGAAAAACCAGAGCUAACGAAAUCAAAGACUAUUCAUAGAAAAUAUAAAAGUGAAAAACCAAAACCAACGAAAUCAAAGCCUAUCCGUAGAAAAUAUAAAAGUGAAAAACCAAAACCAACGAAAUCAAAGCCGAUUCAUAGAAAAUAUAAAAGUGAAAAACCAGAGCUAACGAAAUCAAAGACUAUUCAUAGAAAAUAUAAAAGUGAAAAACCAGAGCCAACGAAAUCGAAGCCUAUUCAUAGAAAAUAUAAAAGUGAAAAACCAGAGCCAACGAAAUCGAAGCCGAUUCAUAGAAAAUAUAAAAGUGAAGAAACAGAGCCAACGAAAUCAAAGCCGAUUCAUAGAAAACAUUAUAGUGAAAAAACAAAGCCAAGGAAAUCAAAACCGAUUAUUAGCGAAAAGCUUGAGCAAGAGGAACUAAUCAAUAAAAAGCAUAAUCGUAUAAAUCAAAAGCCAACGAAAUUGGAACAAGCAUACAGAACGGAUCCACCCGAAAUGACUCUACCAGCGGCAUCAAAACCAGCUGACGUACAAGAGCAGUUUGAUUAUAAUGCUAAGAACAAAGAAGAGAACAAUGUUCCGCAGGACAGCAAAGGAGCUCUACAAAUUCGUAAAGAGUAUCCAGAGGAAACCGAGAUAGAAGCAAAUACGCAAGAUGAAUUGAACACUAUGAGCAGAACCCCAAUGGGCCCAUUGGUGAGAGACUCAGCUACUACUGUGACGUCAAACCCAAGUCGCCUAAUUCUUCUAUCGAUCAUUGUAAUAUUCAGUACUAGUGAAAAGUUCUUGAUGUGAACAAAAAGACUUUAUUGGACAACUUAAGAUAACAUAUAUUCUAAUAUGAACAUGCCUUUAUUUUCAUGAAAAAGCGUCAUGUAACUGACGUCACGUUGACAUUUGUACUUUUUAGCGUCAUGCAUAUACCGUUAGCGUCAUACACAUACCGUUAGCGUCAUACACAUACCGGCAACAAACAUGUACUAUUUUUAUGUAAAAGACAUGUCAGAAUCAUGACUAAUAAAACAAAAUGGUGCUUA